AUGUCUUUACCAACGAUAAAUCAUUUUCAGUCCCUUGGUGUGACCCCCACAACCUCCUUUGCUGAUAUCAAACGAGCUUACAGAAAACUUUCCUUAAAAUAUCACCCAGACAAGACACCCGACGUAGCUCACCAUGAGAAAUUCAAAGAGAUCAAUGCUGCUUUUGAAGUGAUACGAGAUCAUUAUGAAAAGUUUAAUACCACUUCUAGUCCGCAAAUGCCCACUAGUAGCACACCCAAUUCAUCAGCAUAUACGGCUUAUCAACAGUUUUCAACUUCAACUGCUGGACAAAACUUUUCAAGCAGACAGUAUUAUAGUCGAUUUUCACAUAGUGAACACACUGCGUCAAAUGUGCGGAACGGAGCUCGUGCUCAUGACGAUUCAGCGAAAGGGGCGUAUUUUCAAGCAUUCCACAAGUCUCAAGAAGAACGAAGGAAAGCUUCUCAAAAAGCAGCUGAUAUGGCAAAACGAAAUAGAGAGAAGUUAGUAGAGAUGCUAAAAGCCGAGGCAGAAGCAAAAAGAAGGGAAGAGUUGCGAAGAGCCGAAGCCAAGAAAAGAGAAGUUGAGAAGAUGGAACAAGAACUGAAAAGAGCGGAGAUUGAAAGGAAGAAAAUGGAGGCUGCAAAACAGCGACAGGAGGAAGAGCAAAGAAAGCAACGACAAUCACAAACAGUUAACACGGAGGCGAAAACAGAGCAAAAUCAAAAGACAAAAAGCCGAUUUGAAAAUCUUGGUGGUGACUCUGAAGAAAAAUAUAAUACAUAUGACCAUAAGCCCUUGCAUGCAAAUGGCGUAAAUCCAAACAGGGAAUAUCAAAACGCAAAACAGAGGCGACGAGAUAUGGUUGAUGCUGCAGAAACUGCUGACGAAGUUAUGAGAAAACUAUUUGACCCCGAUGACACGGAAAAGUUUUACAAAUCUAAAAAGAGUCGAAACGGAAAGACAAAUGAUGAAAAAGAGAAUUACAUGCCCACAAGUAAACGCCGCAAGAAUGACGUUUCAUGUCGUGGGAAUGGGGCUAAUUCCGGUAGGGGAAUUAACAACCCGAUUGUAUUGGAGGAUGAUACUUCUGAUAUUGAAGCGAUUAGUAUAUCUGAUGGGCCGUAUAUUCUGGAGGAUGAUGAAAUAACGAUAGUAGAGGAAAUAUCACGUGACAAGAAAGUGAAUAAUAAAUCAAGCAAAUCUCUCAAUAUGGGUGUGUCGGGGACUAAGAAUGGUAGUCGGGUGUCUAUUGGAGAAACUUCUGACUCAGAGUGCAACUCUGAAAAGUUGGAUGAGUAUAUUCCAUUUACUGUGAAGCCAAAGGUGCCCCCAAGAAGUAGUACUACAUUGCCGCCAAGACCAGACAUAAAAGCGGGCUCCUCCUCGCCUGGUAGACCAACACCCCCACCUACAACUCAUAUACGGCAUCAUGCUACAUCGCCACAUAAACGAUCAAAGAUCAGUACCACUAAUGGUACUUCGGCGUUUGACAUGGGCAACUUGGAAAUAAAUGUUGGGGAUAUUGAUGAAGUUGACUUUCGAGAGUUGGAAGAGAGUUUACCUGAUUCUCUGAAGAGAAAGCAGCCAACCUCAAAUUCAAGCAAUGUAGCAAACAAUACGCAGAGCACCCGAGGGAAGCCAGUGCACUUUACAGAUGGUACUUCAAGGGCUGAGACAUUAUCCACACCUUUGAAUAAAAAUUCAGUUCGUGGUCACUCUGCUGCCAGAUUCAACACUAGCGACGAGAGAUCGACUCGAGCACAAUUAUCCGUACUAGACUUCCAUGCAUCUCCUAAAGUCCACAACUUCACACCUCCCCAGCCUCCGAUACUUGAUCUCGAUCCAGAUAUUAGUCGAGACAAGUGGCAUCGGUAUGUCAAGUCCAUGGUGAAUUAUCAAAAGUCAUUCUUGGAAUAUAAGGAGCUCAUAGUCCGGUACCAGGUUGAAAGGACUCAAAAAGAUUUUGAAAAUUUCGAUACGGUGAAUGACUUGCAAGAUCAAAAGAAUUUGAGCGUAUAUAAUGCGUGUUUGAAGCGAGAUUUAGAAGUUAUAACUCAGUAUCAGGAAGCGCUACGCGUCUUUAGUCUCAAUAUGAUAUUGUUUCAACAGAACUGCCAGUGGAUCAGCAGGGUCAAACAACACGAUCCCAAUUGGAUUUGA